AGAUUUCCACAGGGAGAAGAGGCUGCAACUGCAGGAGCAGAGUGGUCAGGCAGAGGGAGUUGACCCUGGUGGCCAGACCCCGGCAAGGUGUCCGGCUGGAACAAAGAAGAGGAAGGGGAAAUUUACAGCGGCAAGGAGGCAGAGGCACCCAACAGCACGGAGCAGCAGCACGGUGUGGUCGAUUUAGCGGCCAUAUAUGAAGGCAUGCCCGCGGCCACAGAAUCAGAUGGUCCAGAAGCCGGGAUAGAGGAGCCAGGUACAUCGGGAGCAGCGUAACCAUGCAGGCCCUUCUCUCAGUGCAGACGGCAUCGGUCACAGUCCCAUGGGAGAGCAUCACCAGCGGCAAGCAGCGGAUGUCACUUUUCACCGACAAGGGCUUACAGCAGGCAACGCCGGGUAUCGAUGGUGCAGCUGUUUCAGGCAUGUGGAGAGGCAGGAGCAGUGGUACCAGCAUCAUGAGCAGCGGUCCGAGCAUCGUGGAGGCAGCGGACAGCAUCGUAGUCCAAAGAGGUGUUGGACCAACAGCACAGCGCAACGGGAGCGGCAGCACGCAUUGGCAGUUUUCAUCACGCUGAACAGGACACCACAGGGGAGCAGCGCAAAUCACGAUCCACGCUACAACAAGCCGCGGAGAGGAAGGAGCAGCGGUAUCGGCAUCAGGAGCGGGAGCAGCGGUCCGAGUAUCGUGGAGGCAGCAUCGUAGUCCACAGGGGUGUUGGACCAACAGCACAGCGGAAGCGUCAGCACGUGUCGGCAGCUUUCAUCACGCCGAAUAGGACACCGCAGGGGAGCAGCGCAAAUCAUGAUCCACGCUACAACACGCUGUGGAGGUGUCACCACGAGAAUCAGCCAAGAUGCGCGGAGCCAAGGCAAGGACAGGAAGACACGGGCUACGCUAGGGUCGGCGAUGCUCCAACACUUCUCAUGGACUGCGCAAAGCACGUCCAGACGCUAGGGACACCGCUGUGCGCUUUGCUCGGCGCCAGGACUGCAUCAACCGAAAGAAUCAUCGCUGGGGGCGGCUCAAUCGAGGAGGAGAUGACGCGCAGGAAUGAAGUGACCCUGACAGAGGAAGAUUGUGACUCGUUAGCUCAGCAUUGCAGCAAUAAUAUUGCACCCUGUAGCUAUGCCAUUAGCAGAGGAGAAUACUUUAUCAGGUGACCCUCCGCCGACUCUUCCAGUGGUUAUUAUAGGAAAUGGCCCAUCUGGUAUCUGUCUGUCGUACAUGCUGUCGGGGUACAGACCGUAUCUGUCGCCUGAUGCCUUGCAUCCAAAUCCAAUUCUCCACAGCAAGUUAGAGGAGGCGAGGCACCUUUCUGUCCCUGAGCAGGAUUUGGAGUACUUGUCGGAAGGGCUGGAAGGUCGCUCGUCUAACCCCGUAGCUGUGUUGUUUGACACUCUGCUUCAUCCGAAUGCUGACUUUGGGUAUGAUUACCCAUCUGUUCUGCAGUGGAAACUAGAGCAGGAACACUAUAUUCCUCAUAUUGUCCUAGGCAAGGGGCCACCCGGCGGAGCCUGGCAUGAUAUGGAAGGGUCCAUGUUGACACUAAGUCUUGGUGAUUGGAUGGAAUUACCUGGACUUAAAUUCAAAGACUGGGCCAUGGGUAAGAGGAGAAAUAUAAAGAGUGACCGAGCGACCCCAGGAGAAGUGGCUUCCUAUUACAAGCAUUAUGUCAAAGUAAUGGGAAUUCAAAGGAACUUUUUGGACAACACCUACAUAACUUCCGUGGCAAAACCCUACCGAGAACCGGAUACCUCGGUAAGCCAUGAUCCUGAAGAUGUUUCGUCUGAAGAAAAUCGCAUUGAUAAAGACGACGGAGAGCCUCUGCUAAAGAAAAACUGGGAAGUCCACGGUUAUCGGAGGACAGCUGAUGGAUCCCACCAGCCUUUUUGUCUCUUUGCUGAAUCCCUUGUUCUUGCCACAGGAACCUUUGAUGCACCUGCUCGGUUAGAGGUCCAUGGAGAGGCCCUCCCUUACGUUUCACAUUCUGUUGCAGACUUUGAAGAAGCUGUGAGCAAGGGGCGGUUAAGUGGAGUGGUAGACCCGGUUUUAAUAGUUGGGGCUGGGCUCACAGCAGCUGAUGCCGUGUUAUGCGCACACAACAAUAAUAUUCCAGUCAUCCAUGUUUUCCGGAGAAGACUCAAUGACCCAAGUCUAAUUUUUAAGCAGUUGCCAAAAAAACUGUAUCCAGAAUACCACAAAGUAUACCAUAUGAUGUGUAAACAACUGUAUUCCGCUGCCUCCAACUUGUACCCCUCUUAUACAAGUUACCCUGAGCACUUUGUACUUUCUUUCAAGCCCGAUAUGAAGUGUGUCCUUCAAGGUACUGGUGGGCUUAAAAAGGUUCUAAAAAUAUCCAUGGCUGUGGUCUUAAUAGGCUCCCAUCCCAACCUCUUUUUUCUAAAAGAACAAGGUAGAAGUUUAGGACAUCACCACAACCAGCCUAUAACGUGUAAGGGUAAUCCCGUUGCGAUUGACCCAUUCACAUAUGAAUCCUCCAAAGAGCCUAAUCUUUUUGCCCUCGGUCCGCUUGUUGGCGAUAACUUCAUCAGGUUUCUCAAAGGCGGAACGCUUGCCAUAACUCGCUGUUUACAGAUGCGGCAAAAGAAGAAAAGGCAUCGACUUGUGGAAAGUGGCAGUGAAGACCAUGUGCCUUAAAGAUAAGUCUCCUUGUGCCUGCUAGCGGGAGUUACGCUCCUGAAAACUCUCUCUACGCCCUCUCCAUGAUCUGUAGUCAUGCAGAUCCCAUCAGUAUGUGUUUUUGCACAGUGCAAUGUAUUCCGUAACCUGUGGCAAGACUGAAGAGAUCAGAGCUGCUUUUGUAGAAGACCCAGGAUACCCUAAAAGACUAAUCUUGUUCCCAUGUUGCUAUUUAUAAUUUCAUAUUGGUUUUACAUUCUCAGAAUUAAAUUGCGUUUUUCCAUAUGCUGUAUAGUUUGAGGUUAGUGGGCUGUAGAUACAUGCUAUAAUGGAGGUCUGGGCAUUCCAUGUCUUGCGCCAGAAUUGUAUUGUAUUUAAUAUCCUGUUAUGAAGGAAUUGGUUGUAUUCCAUAACUUGGUAUAAAAGGACGCUGCUGGGUUACAGGCUAGAGCGGUAUUGAAGUGCUCUUAUGAAAGUUAUCCUAUUAAUGUGAUACUUUUUGCAAUGUUGUUGAAACUAUUGAUAAUUAUAAUACAAGUAUACAGUCUGUAAAUGUACAGGAAGUUUUUACAACCGUGUAUUAAAUUAAACAGAGAUUAGGUUGUUA